AUUUGGAAUUAUUCUCCAAAAAUGAAGAGAAGAAAUUAUGGAUCAAGUUAAAGGCCAAUAAGAAAAUGAAAGGAGGAAGAAAAGACGAGUUGGACCAAGAAUAUGAGAAAAAAUAUUUUGUCAAGUAGAGCCUAACAAAAAGAAAAGAAAGAAAAGUAUGGGACAAAGACGAAGCUGCACAUGCUGCACGAGUCAAAAAAAAACUAUAAGAAAUGGUUCAUAACAGGAGCUGUUAAGCAAAUAAAAACUCACAUGAACAAGAUUAUAUGGUGAUGGUAUGAAGGUAAAGAAAACACUGCACAUGAUGCACAACUGAAAAAAGGGAACCAUAAGAUGUUUCAAUUUAGGUUUAAUAUUAAGUUUCCAAAUAAUUUUGAAGAUAUUUUCUAACCAUAAUAUAAACUUAAUUUUGAAUCACAAUAUAAACAUAAUUUGGUUUGGUUUAUGUUAUGUUAUUUCUUCUUAACAUCAAAAUGUCAUUUUAUUAAUCAAAGAACGGUUGGUCUGAGAAGAGGUGGUUUAGUUAAUGUUAAAGUUUAUUUUUAGUCAUUUUUAUAAUUUAUAAAGAAAUAAUAAAAUUUGAAUAAAAAUAAUAAAUGAUGGGACCUAGUGUUGACACUUUGCGUUCGUAUUUCGCCCGUUACAAGGGCGCAUUCAAUGUUUUGCCAAGUCAGCCGAACCGGACUUAACAAUUUAGCCGAUGGCUCCUUUGGUUUGGUCGCACCAAUUAGGGUUUUUGAAGUAAUAUAUAAGGGCUACGAGUGGACUUGGCCAUUCUUCUGGAUGCUACAUUUUGUGCUUGCUGUUAUUUUCUUAAUAUAUGGCUCGUGCUACAAAUAUUCAACUCCUUCGUCUCUCUCGUCUAUCACUAUGGCUGGCCGGAAAGGGACGAUUUACUCGCCAACCGUAGAUGUCAAAGGAAAUGGGUUUCUUGAGCGCAAGAAAGGGAGCAAAGAAGCAGCAAAUCCAAGUUUUGCUGACCUUCCAUUAUGCCUACUGGAAGUAAUAAUAUCUCAACUUGACUUAAAAGAUAACAUACGUGCCUCCGCUACCUGCAAAACAUGGCGCGAAGCCGGUCUAUAUGUCCGGUUAGUAGACAAGCCUCCCUGGCUAAUGUACUUACCGAAACGUGGCAACUCGUUUGAAAUGUACGACCCAUUGCAAAAGAAGAUGUACACACUGAAUCUACCUGAGCUAUCUAAAUCCACAGUGUGUUACUCAAGAGACGGAUGGUUACUUAUGCGCAAAACCGCUUCACACCAAAUAUUUUUCUUCAAUCCGUUUACCCGUAAGCUCAUAAACUUACCAAAGCUUGAGUUAUCAUACGAUGCAAUUGCUUUCUCUUGCGCACCUACAUCAGGUACUUGUGUUGUGCUAGCGUUUAAGAAUGUUGAGUAUGGUACAGUCACUACGAGCACUUGCCAUCCCGAAGCAACCGAGUGGGUUACUGAAGGUUUAGUUUGUUAUAUUCGUUAUAGAAGUGAUUCACUUAAGCACAGCAAUAUUGUCUAUGCAAACCGUCGCUUCUAUUGCCUAGACGAUAAAGGACGCUUAUAUUACUUUGAACCGUCUUCUCGAGAAUGGUCUUUUAGUUACACGUAUUCACCGCCGUGUCCUUAUAUCUCUUCUAGAUAUGAGCGAAAGAAGAAAAGAGUUUUCUUGGCGGUGCGUAAAGGAGUGUUCUUUACAAUAUAUACAUGCGGAGGUGAGAAACCUAUGGUGUAUAAACUGGAUGAAUCUUCGGACUGGGAGGAGAUCAAUAGUACUACGCUUGAUGGCUUGACAAUUUUCACGAGUCUUUAUUCUUAUGAGAUGAGAGUUAAUCUCCCAUGGAUGAGGCAUAGUGUUUACUUCCCGAAGGUUCGUUUAAGCAACAAGUGUUGUGUAUCGUAUUCGUUUAAUGAAGAGAGGUACUUCCCGCGUAAGCAGUGGCAGGAACAGGAGGACUUAUGUCCUGUUGAGAAUCUUUGGAUAAGGCCACCUAAGAAAGCUAUAGAGUACAUGUGAAGCUAGCGCAAUGGUGAGUGUCAGAUCAUUUCAUUUAUCUUAAGACGUUUCUCUCUUCUUUUUUAUUGCUUUGGACCAGCUGAGAUACUUGCUUUAUUUAUUAUGUUUAUCUACUUUUUUUAAUCUAAUUAUAAAGAUUUGAUUUUUUUA